UCCGUGUACGUGUUGUGUUAUGAAGUUCGCGUUAUUUUUGUUACACCUUCGAUAUUAUAGGUGCGUUUUAAAAUCAUUCAAAAAAGUUUUUAUUUAUUUCCGAAUAGAUUAUUAUAAUAUUUAAAAUGUGUAGUACAUUAAGUCUCGUUUUUGUGAAUCAAAUCGACUUUUUGAAGCAUUCAUAUUCAAAUUAAAAAUACAUCACGUUGAGAAUUUAAUAUGAAUGAUAGUCAUAUCAAAAUGAACGUAACAUCGUGUGAUCUGGUUACUGGAGCGCAUAUUACGCACAUAUACAUAAAUCAAACUCCAGAUACUUUAAAUGAAAAAUCAUUAGAUGCUAAAUUACUCGUCAAUGUACCUGUUGAAUUUAAUACAUCUAAUUCUACGUUUACGUCGAAAGAGUCCUCAUCAUUGUACUCCGACAGUGUUAAUAACGCGGACGGUAGGGAUGCGGUGGUGAAUAUUUUAAAUAACGUCACUCCAUAUGAAUAUUCUAAAGUCGUUCAUUCGUCUCAGUUGAUACUAGAUAAUAAUGAAUCAUAUUCUUGUCACAUAUGUAUUAAUGAUAAUACCGAUCUGAAUUCAGUAUGCGAGAAUUUUAAUACUGAUGCGAUUCGUCCAGUAUGCGACGCUGAAACAAAUUAUACUUAUCUUUCAUCAGAGGACGACGAUAGUUACUGUGCAUAUUCUAUUGCUGAUAUCAGUGAUAUCGAUGAGCUAUCAGAUAAUAAUUUAAACGAUCGUCAAUCUAGUCCUCUUAGGGAACAAACAAGCGUACAAAUUAAUGGUUCUAGUCCUGGCUAUAAUUCUAGUUGUGAUUCUGAAGCUGAUGGAAUUGUAACAUUUCUGGACAAGUGUAAUAAUGAAGCAGAAGCUCGCUUGGCUGCAAGACGUCAAGCCCGUGCUGAAGCUAGAGAAAUUCGUAUGCGAGAAAUUGAACGGCAACAGAAAGAAGCUGAGGAAAAUGCAGACAAAGCUUUUGAUAUGCAUGCAGCAGAUGGACCUAUUAUAAAUCGAGUUUCACGAGUAUCUGCAAAUACUGCCAGUCCUAGAGCAGCCAGUUCAAUACAUAAUACUAACAGUUACCAAUCUAGUCGACGUAAUUCAGUUGAUUCUCUUGAUGAAUCUACUCCUAAUUUUCGAGAUUUUAGGAUGGAAUUAAAAGACUUAGAAGAAAAGUUUCGUAAAGCUAUGGUACAAAAUGCUCAACUCGACAAUGAAAAAGCAGCUGUGUCAUAUAUGGUAGAAUUGUAUAAAGACAAGUACACCGAUAUUGAAGAAGAACUUAUGCAUAUAAAACGAGAACAUAAAGAGAGUUGUAGAGAAAACGAAAAAUUAAAACGUUUAUUGGCUACUCAAAAACUAGAAUCUUUAACACUUCAACAAGAACUAGAAGAACGUGAUAAACUCAUUGAGGAAAAAGGUCUAGUAAUUAUCAGCACAGAACAAGAACAUUGGAGUGAGACUGAUCAAUGUAAUAGUAAAAUAAAACGUGCCUUAGUCUCUGUUGAAAAUGCUCAAUUGUUACAAGAUGCAGGAGAAGGUUGUUUAGAUGUACGACUCAAAAAAUUUACCGAAGAACGUAACAGCUAUAUAGACGAAAUUAACAGGCUCAAAUUAGAGUUACAAGAAGCCAAACGUCAUAGUGAUAACCAUUAUAAUGGUACAGACUCAGACGAUUUGGAAGAUGCCCAAAAAGAAACUAAUAAAGUUCUUGGUGAUUAUAAAUUCAAAUGGCAAAAGGCUGAACAAGAUAUUUCUACAUUACAAGCUAAUGUAGCUAGACUUGAGAGUCAAGUUAUUAGAUAUAAAACAGCUUCUGAAGCAUCUGAAAAAGCUGAAGAUGAACUGAAAUUGGAAAAACGAAAACUACAGCGCGAGCUUCGAGAAGCUCAAGCAAAAGUUGAAGAAUUGGAGACAUCCAAUAUGCAUUUAUUAAAACGUUUUGACAAGUUAAAGAAUGCCAAAUCCAGUUUACUAAAAGAUUUAUAAUAGACUAUCUUAUUCAUUAUCGAACAAAACUAAAAAUGCGAUUUUUUGUGCAAUAAAAUCUACAUUCAUCAUCAGUGUCACAUCAGACAAUGAUAAUGGGAAGAUGUGCAAAACAGGACAAGAAACAUAAUAUAAUUAAAAACAUAAUUUAGUAUAUAAUAUUUGAAUAAUUAAAUUUAUAUUAAUAAAUAUUUAAUAACAAAAUACUAAUAAUUAUAGCAAAAUAUAAUUACCGUGUAAAAAUUGUUUUAUUUUAAUUGAAAUUACAAUCUAACAUUAUCAUUUUAUAAAUGUUUUAUUUUAUAUUAAGUAUAUUUUAUUAUUAUUUUAUUUUGAAAUAAUAAAAUUCUUUAUUUUUGUUGAUUUGACUAUUGUUCCAAAACUAUCAACCAAUACUCCAGAUGGUAAAUGUUUUUAUUAUUAGUUAUUCUGUAUUAGUAGAAUCUUGUUAAACCAAAAUAAGUGGCAUUCGCUCUAUUUAUAAAUAAUUUAUUAGUGAAAACAUUUAUCUCCUUAUCACUAAUGUGUAUACUUGGACAGAACUUGUAUGUAUACUGUAUUUAUUUCAUUAUUAUUAUUACUUUAAUUACUUUAGUACAUUUGCUCUGUAAAUAGGUAUCAUAUGUAAAUGAAACUUUUCUUAACAAGAUAAAAUUACCAAUGAUUCAUUUUAUAUUAUAAAAUGUAAGUGUUAGACUGUUAGAACAUCUUUUGAAAUAUUCUCUUAAAUGUUCCUAUCUGAUACAGAGAGUAGAUUAUAAAAUAUUUUAAAGUUAAAGUUUGUAAUUUUAUAGAUUUAUUAUACUAAUUUGAAUUCUGAAACAAAAUUUAUAAUAAAAACUACAAGACACGGUAAUUUUAUUUUGUUAUUCAUUUAUAUACUUUCCAAAAAAAAUUAAUUUACUAUACUCAGUUUCAUGUAAAAGUAAACUCGGGCAGGCGGCUUUAGCUAGGCUAAUGAAUGUUGCUAACAUGUGCUUUUGGGAGCAUCACAUUAUUAUUCUAACAACUGCCAACCUUGUAUUUUGCUUAGAUAAGCACAAUAAAAAUAUUUUACCAUGGUGUAUAAAAAUUUAUUUAUUAAGAGAUAAUUAAGGGUGAUCUGAUCAAACCUGACUGACCUGAGACUACUCUUAUAUGAGGCAGAGUGUAGAUCUAUGUAGUUAGAAUUAUGAAAUAUAAAUUAUUACAAAUAACAUUUUGUAUUUAUUAAAAAUAAUAACAACAAUCAUUUAGUUUUUAGUUUACUUAUUUAAUUUUUAUCUUUAUAAUCUAUUAAAAUUAAAAUUGUAUUACAAAGAUCCUAGUAAUAACUAUACUACAUAUUUAUGAUUUUAGAAUAUACUGAUAUGUGUUAAUCUUCAAAACAUCAGUAACAGAUCCAGAGGUCACACAAGGGAAGGGUUGAUCCCUAAAAAUUAAAUUGCCUUUUUAGUUAUUUUUCUAUUUAAGUAUUUAACCUAUAUUGGAAGCUAAUUAUUAGCAUUGUGUUCCAUGUACAAUUAAAAAAUAUUAUUAAUCCCUUAUGUUAGCCAUAAUAAUAGUAUGUGUAAAAUUUCAAACCAUUUGGGCAAUUUUUUUUUCAAUUUUUUUUUUGAGUAAACCAUACCAAAAAUUAUGUGGCGGUUUGAUCGAAGAUAAGUGAGACCCAAAUUUGUGUCUCAUGGCGCUCAACGUGUUAAAUAAAUCUGUUUAUAUUUAUUUUUACAAUUAAUUUACAAUAUAGAAUGUUUUUUCUACAAAAUCAAGACUAAGUAAAAUCUCAACUAUGUGUGAUUCAUAAUAUCAUAAAAAUAUUGAUUUUUGACCAAGACAUGAAUAUAAAAAUAUGGUAUAAAACACAGCCUAAGGGUGAUCACUUCAUCACGCUCCUUUGUAUUAAACAACUGAAAAACAUAAGGCAACUAACUUUAUUAGUGUUAACAGUUAACAGUGAGAAUACCCACCAUUUUAAAGUUAGAUAUGAGUAGAAAUGUAUCUAUAUUUAAAUAAAAUUAACUUAUUUAUACCACAAUUGGCACAAUUUUUAUCUGUAUAUUCUAAAAUCAAUGUUACCUAUUUACAUACCUUAAAAAAUAUGACUAAUAAAUAAAUUUUAUACAUGGUUUUUUUUUUAUGUAUUUAGAAUUAUAUUAUUUAUUAUUUAAUCCUAAAGAAUGUAAUACACUAAUACUAAAUAGUUAAAAUUAAAAUAUCAAAUCUAUACAUAUUUGUAUAGAUCAUUAAAAACUAUCAAAAUUAUUUCAACAGUUAUUUUUAUGUUAUUUUAUUUCUUUCAAUUUAAGUUGUUUUCUUAUUUUUUGAAUUAUUUUCUAUCCAAUGAUUUUGAAAUGUAACAUGAGACAUUUGAAAAGUCUGGCUGAAGACUGAGGGGUCCAUGCUGAAUCACAAUAAAACUUUUAUUUAUGAUGAUUUAUAAAUUCUGUAGGGCCAGAGGUUUUACUGUCUAAUGGUAUAAUUGUUUUUAUUUACAAAUGCAUUCAAUUAAUACAGAGAUUCCCAACCAGGGUGCCGCGAAAUUAUUUGAAAUAUAUUAAAGUCUAUAGGGCAUAGGGUGCCUCCGGAUUUUUAGAAAAUGACUAAGGGUGCUGUGAGUAAAAAAAGGUUGGGAACCUCUGUUAACUAUUAACUGUUAAUAGUUAUGAGUUUUGUUUUUUAUUUAUAAAAUAUUUAACAAUUUAGAGUUUUUUUUUAUCCUGUCAUUAUGCUACUUUCAAUUCUUCAAAUAUAUGUAUAUUAAUAAAUUAAUAUUCAAAUAAUAUAGUAUAUUAUUCUACGUGUUUUA